GUUUCGGAUCAUGCUUCCGUGCAGUUUCGAAACACUUGCGCUUCGCGAUCUCGAUAUUGUGCAGGAACGUUAGUUUCACGUCAGCCAUCCCUAUUAGCGACUUUAUUUUGGUGUUACUGGAGAUGUUUGGAGACGCUUUUAUAAUGUUAAGGCAGAAAAGCACACUGCGCCCUUAAAAACUCUUGUUUGAAGGUCAAACAUCACACUGCAAAGAGCUUUCACUUUCGCAUUUAUUCGUUGUCCGGACAUCUGCUUCGUUUUUUUUUUCUUCAUUUUUUUAACUUUAGUAAACAAUGACUUUGAAAGUAACAAUGUUAACACUCACAAUGUUUGCAUACGUCGUGUCUGGUGUGUCUGGUCCAGAUAUAGGCAGAGAAUCUGUGUUUGUGAAGGAGGGAGAUCCAGUCACACUAAAAACUAAUCAUGAAGUAAGCCAGCAAGACAAAGUUAAAUGGUAUUUUAAUAACAUUCUUAUCACUCAAAUCCAAGGAGAUCUCAGUCAGAUCUGUACAGAUGUUCAGUGUUAUGAAAGUAAUGAGAAGUUCAGAGACCGACUAAAUUUGGAUCAUCAGACUGGAUCUCUGACCAUCAUGAACACCAGAAACACAGAUGCUGGCGAUUAUCGGCUACUGAUCAACAACAGGGACAAGAUUUUCAAUCUUGUGAUUACUCCAGGGGCUUUUGGUGUUGAUAGAGACAUGUCUGUGACGGAGGGAGAUGCAGUUACCCUACACACCGACGUGAAGAUAAAACAACAAGAUCGCGUUAAAUUCUUUUACAACAAGAUUCGCAUUGCUCAAAUCAGUAGAGAUUUUAUCUGUACUGAUGUUCGGUGUAAUAAAGGGACUGAGAGAUUCACAGACAGACUAAAGCUAGAAAAUCAGACUGGAUCUUUGACCAUCAUGAACAUCAACACUGCAGACUCUGGAGAUUAUAAACUUGAGAUCCUCAGUGGAAGCAGUAGCAGCGAGAAGAACUUUAAUAUUACUGUAAUUGGCGUUUCUGCUGCUAAACGAGAAGAAAAGAAGUCAGUGAUGGAGGGCACAUCUGUCACUUUAAGUGCCAGUGUAAUUAAAAAUCCAGAUGACGUGAUGACAUGGACUUUUAAUGACAUUCUCAUUGCUGAUAUCAUUGGAAAUCAGAGUCAUAUCUGCACUAAUGUUCGGUGUAAAGAGAGAUUCACAGACAGACUGGAGCUGGAUCAACAAACUGGAUCGCUGAUCAUCACUAACACCAAAAGUACAGACGCUGGUGAUUAUAAACUACAGAUCAUCUGUAGCAGAUUCAGGGUCCGUCGCCGUCGCAGCAUCAGUGUCAGCAGUGUUUGGAGCUUCAGUGUUUCUGUCAUUGAUUCAGGCCUGUCUGCUGGUGCUUUAGCAGGAAUUUUUGUUGCAGUAAUUUUUCUAUUAGGGUUUGCAGUUUUGGCUUUUGCUGUGAUUUUCAAACGCUACAAUGCCUUUACAGAAUUGGCACUGAAUGAAAACGGAUUGUAGAAGAUACUUCUAAUCAGACUGACGCUAUGGAUGGAUUCCAUAGAACAUGUUUUAACCUUCAACUGCAGUUAAUAACUCUAAUGAAGGGCUACUACAUGAGCAGCUAUGACAACUGGGCACAGGUUGUAUGUGUCUUUACUUGAAAAUAACUUCUAUAUGCAACUGAGCCAUGAGUUUUAAAGCAACAGUCAAUUGGAUGUGAAGUGUGUCCAGUCAGAUUCUGCAGAUGGGGUCAAGUAAUGAACAACUAUGCACUGGUAAAGCUACUGAAACGGAAAGCCUGUGUUCCAUGCAGAUCAGUUCUCAAAAAACAUAAUGACCUCGUCCCAAAAGACAGUCUGCAUGGACUGAAAGACUGGGCUGGAUGUGGACAUUGAUGAGUCCCUCCGCAAUGAUGGAGACCAUUGGGACAGAUGAAGUGUACUUAAGACUGACUGAAGGUGUUGUGCUUGAUUCACAUGGGGCUUCUCAGCGUCAACUCUUUCCAUUCACUUUGGAUGUGUGUCAUCAAGCAUUGCCAAACUGAAUUGUGGAUCUGAUGUGGCGCCGCUUGCUGCUGAAGUUAAGAACUGCCAAAGGAAGUGUUGACCAAUCAGAUCUGUUUAUGCAAAUAACCAAGCUCAAACAGUAGCCUAUUGCGGUCUAAUUUCAGAGACACCCUCUGUCAAGCGUUGACGCUGAUGCCCUGUGUGAAUGGACUGUUACUUGAGUUCUUUAGUACUACUCUUAUUUAUUUUUUUGAUACUUUUAUUUUAAAAAAGCAAAAAAAAAAAAAAAAGGAAAUUGUCUAUGAUUGUUUUGAUACUAAAGGUUCA